AGCAUUAAAAGGUAACAGAACUUUUAUUAUAUCCCCAUACUUUGAUGGCAGAGAAAGCAAAGUCACUCGUGUGAUUGGGAUUGUUCACCACAAAGAUGUAAAACAGCUAUACUGCUGGUUCUGCUGUCAGCCCAAUGGAAAGAAAUAUGUAUCAAGAGCAAAAAUUGAUGUUCACUCUGAUAGAUUUGGCUUCCCUUACGGUGCAGCAGAUAUAGUUUGUUUGGAACCCGAAAACUGCGAUCCAACACAUGUAUCCAUUCAUCAGUCUCCACAUGCAAAUAUUGACCAGCUGCCCAGCUUCGAAAUUAAAAACCGCAAGGCUGAGUCCUUUUCUGUUGACUUCACUGUAUGCAUCUCUACCAUGUUUGGAAAUUACAACAAUGUCUUGCAGUUUAUACAGAGUAUGGAAAUGUACAAGAUUCUUGGGGCACAGAAAGUGGUGAUCUAUAAGAACAACUGCAGCCACCUGAUGGAGAAAGUCUUGAAGUUUUAUAUGGAGGAAGGAACUGUAGAGAUAAUUCCCUGGCCAAUAAACUCAUACCUCAAGGUUUCUUCUAAAUGGCACUUCAUGCAAGAUGGAACACACAUUGGCUACUAUGGACAAAUCACAGCUCUAAAUGACUGUAUAUACCGUAACAUGCGGAGGAGCAAGUUCGUGGUUCUUAAUGAUGCUGAUGAAAUAAUUCUUCCCCUUAAGCACCCAGACUGGAAAACAAUGAUGAGCAGUCUUCAGGAGCAAAACCCAGGGACUGGCAUUUUCCUUUUUGAGAACCAUAUCUUCCCAUACACGGUAUCUACUGACGUGUUCAACAUUUCGUCCUGGAAUACUGUGCCGGGUGUUAACAUAUUACAGCAUGUUCACAGAGAGCCUGAUAGGAAAGAGGUAAUCAAUCCCAGGAAAAUGAUAAUUGAUCCACGAAAGGUGAUUCAGACUUCAGUCCACUCUGUCCUACGUGCUUAUGGGAACAGUGUGAAUGUUCCCAUGGAUGUUGCCCUCAUUUAUCACUGUCGGGUGCCCCUUCAAGGAAAUCUUCCCAGAGAAUCCCUCAUCAGGGAUACAACAUUGUGGAGAUAUAACUCAUCAUUAAUCAUGAAUGUUAACAAAGUGCUAUAUCAAACCGUACUAUAAGCUCAAAAGUGAAACCUCGGUUAUAAGGAGGGAAAGUGGAGAGCCACCUGUAUCGUGGGGAGGCAGAGGAUAUCAGUUAAAGCUCAUAUUAAAAUCACUUUCACAGGAAGUUUACAUCUUACAGAGUUUUAGGAGAACAGCCCUUUUAUGUACUGUACAAAGCAAAAUGCAUUUGAUU